AUGAACGAAGAAGUACAGCUAUGGGAAGAAGCGAGAAUAGAACUGUUCUGGGACUUCCGCGUCAAUCACAUGUACAAAGGUCAAGGGAAAACAAUUAUAUUCCCAACAGGACUUGCCAUACCGGUAUACGAAUCAGUGGUGGUGUUCUGCAAAGCACUGAAAGAAAAUGACUGGGACAUAUUCGAAAAAUACUGGACAAAAUUUGAAGAAGAAAUCCCCAAAUUUGAUGUAAAAGAGAUGAAGGAAUUGCAGGAAGAGGAUUUUGACGAGAUCCCGAACUUCGAGGAUUACAAGAAGGAAUUUGAUACAAAAGAACCAGCAAUUGAAAUUGGACAGUUAUUCCUGCAGAUGGUGGAACAGAGGGAAAAACGGCUAAAGGUCACCUCAGCUACGGCGAAUGAGUCGGCUGAAACAGAAGCCAAAGUGAACCGAGUAAAAAGCUGGUUGCCCACGGUUAGCGACUUAAAGGUCACGGGACUUGAUGCGGAAUCUAAAAAGCAGAAUGAAAAGGUCACGGGACUUGACGAAGCAAAGGAGAAUAAAGAUGACCUUUGGGAAACGGACAAAUUGACACAGGCGUUGAAUGAAUGCCCGAUUAAGUUGCUGAGAUUCCCAAAACAGACGAAGAAGAGAUACAAGCCGUUACCGCGGUGUAAGGUUAUUAAGGACUGGAACGAACUAAGUACGGCAACAGUUCGUAUCGUUAACCUACAAGGCGACGAGGAAGACGAAGACGAUUCGAACUUGCAGUUGCGGAAUAAACAGUUGAAAGAUCCCCAUCUGGCGAUGAUAAUAGAUGAACUGGAACAUCUACCAGACGCUGAGACGAGAUCAAAAUUUGAGAAGACAUCGACCCCAAAGAGAAUGGAAGGUGAAUAUGGAUAUGAUACUUCAUAUGGCGAAGGGUCGACAUCGUCAACCGGAACGGCACAGAACGAACCAGGCCAAGGAGCUUACUACGGCGGCCCGAGGUAUUAUGCGUAUCACGAUCCGGGACAGCCGACGAAUUAUCAAGACACGGUUAGCUGGGUGCACCACGGCUCACUUGCCGGAACCCAGUAUUCGGGCCAAUCAACGAAUGCCCCUUACCAACCGCAUCCGGGAUCGUAUACUGAUGGGACCACCGCAAGUGAUAACGGGACCGGCAAGAAUGUUGAUGCCGCCACCGCAACAGACUACACCGAGUCGGUUUAUGGGAUAUGGAGGAUUUGGCGGAAUGUUAGCGACUCCAGUGCAGCCACAAAGGGCGUCGCCGAUUUUGCCACCCUUCCCGGAAAUAGGAGCACUUGGGAGCGCAACGACCUCAUCGGAACUCGCCACAAAAAGGAGGGAGGCGAGGAGGAAAUCGGUUUGAUUCGCCACGACCGCGAGGCGUACUACCGUCGCUGGGCCCAAACUUGGAGCAGGUCGGACCAGAUGGUCUACGGACAACGCCCCCAGGGGCAGACUAAAGAAACGUCACAUUUGGAAAUUCAGGCCCAACACCCGGCACAAGAAAGUGGAGCCAGAGAGAUGGCAGAGACCUCCGUAGCCGAAGUGGCAGGAACAGAGAGUACCAGGAGACCAUCGAAACAGGACGAAUCAGAAGAGGAGGAAGCUAACGACGAUUCGGCAGAGGAACCGACCGAUGAAGAUGACGACAUGGCCGAGGAAGAUAAUCAGCCUCCAAAAGUGGUCGUUAAACCGAGGAAAACGGCUAAACUGGAUGAAGCCAUGAACCGUGAGAGGGCCAAGAAAGGUGACUUCCUAAAGAAACGAAAGGAAGAUGAAGAUACGAAGAAAAAGAGCGGUGAUGAAAGCGAGAGCACACACACCGGGAAAAAGAAGGAAGAAAGGAAGAAGAAAGACGAUCCGCCCUCUCAUGACGUUGAAAUAUUGGAAGAAUCAGUCGGCGACAUUGAACAAAGGUCAUCAACACCUAUAAUCCCAAAGAAAUUCGUCAUUGAAUCGGCUACAUCGAAGUCAAAGGUCACCGAGCCUGAGCCGUCAACAUCCAAAGGAAAGGUCAUAGCUGUGAAACAGAUUGUUCCAGUUGUUAUCUCGGCAUCCACUACGAAAGAGCGCAGAGAGAAAGGGACGCGUGAGAAGGCGAAACGGGAGACGUCCCGCGAAUCAGGAUCAUCGGAAGAAAUCGACACGGCCACUGAACGCGUGUUGCCCAGGAUGAUAAAACAGAACAUCCUUUCCACAACAAACGCACACAAAGGAUAUCCGAUCCGAUACACGAGAGUAGGCCUGAUACCGCCAGAAAAACAAGCCCACUGUAAUAUGUCCGACAGUCAGGAGAUGGAUAAGGUACCAUCGAGUGGAGAUCCGACAACUCCCAUACUGAAUCGGAUCGAACAAUUAACAGCUGAAGAAGAAGCCGCCCAGGCUUCCUCUAAGAAAGCGACGAAAAAGAAAGGACCGAUGGACGUGGAAUCGGAAGAGAGUGAUGAUGACACCUCUGCCCCAAUGCCUUUGGAACCGGCAUCUCGGAACCGGUGA